AUGGUUGAUCCAAGAGACAACAAAGUAAAUGAUGACGACUUGCUUAGUGAAGAUUCAUCUGAUGAGUAUAAUAAUCUAGUAAAAGAAUUUGAACUUCGUGUGCAGAAACUAAAGGAAAAGGAGAGGUUAAAGAGGCAGAAACAGAAGCAAGAAGAGGAUCAACAACGAGCACAAGGUCAAUGGAAACAACACGAUGAUUGUGAAACUCCAAGAACAGAAGUUUAUGCCUCUCCAGAGAAGAAAAAGAAGAACAGGGAGGAGAAGGGAACAAAACAAAUUGGGACCAAUAUAAACGGUAUAUAUAAUGAUGAGGAAGAGCAAAUUCGAGCAAUAAAGAACCGACAACAAACUAAACCAUCACAAUUUUUAUCCAAAUUGUAUGAUGCCAAACUAGCCAACCAGCUGGGAAAAUUGCAAAGCAUCGACUAUGACAGAAGGAAGUUUCAAUUUGAUUUUACAAAUUUGGAACGUGCGUCGCCAAUGGAGGUUACCAAUGACCUGUGCUGGCUUUCAGGUCAUUAUUUAAGAAGAAGGUACCUCACAAAAGACGAGCUCAAGAACUUGUUGCAGGAAACUGAUCCUGAACUCAAGUUGCUCAAAAUUGAUAAGCUACUAGCCAAAACUCACAAAGAGAAUGGGUAUGCCGAACCAUUGUAUACUAACUGGGCCCUCGUUGCAUUUGUCAUUCUGAAAUCGGAUGUGCUUUACACCAAGCAAGACAAGAAAUAUAUGAAAAUCAAGAUUGGUAACUUUGACCAUAGCAUAGAUCUCUUGUUAUUUGACGAGGGAUUUGAAAGAAACUGGAAAAUGCAGCAGGGAGACUUGAUUUUGUUGCUCAACCCGAUUAUCAAUAAGUAUGAAAUUAAAGUUGGCGAACAGAAUUACAAAUCUGGAUUCAAUCUACGAGUCGAAAAGACCAACCCCGAAAGUAUAUUGGAAAUAGGCUCGCUCCGAGAUUUUGGCCUUUGUCAAUUCCGAAGAAGAAGUGAUAAUCAACGAUGCUCAAAUGUAAUCAAUGUCACAAAGCAAUCUUUGUGUGAUAUUCAUCUUGACAUGAAAUUCAAACAAAGCACACGCAUGGAAUUGAAUGGCAGUGUCACUAUGCGAUCGCCAACUAAAAACAAAACCAAGAUUUAUAUGAGUACUGGAAAUGCCUCCUCAUCGAAAUCAAUUUCAUCUUCGACGAACUCGACAUCAAAGACGGCCAGGUCACGAGUGCCUAUUGGGUUCAUCAAAGAAUAUAACGAAGACUCUAGCUUUACCAGUUCGGGAAUGGGCAAGAUAGAUUUUCGUAAGUUUCAAGAUCCAAAACUUCUUCAAACCCAAAUGAAAAGGCGAAAGUUGAUGAACGAUAGGGCCAACGAACUACUAGAAAGGAAACUCUCGGGUAUUUCUCAUAACAAUUCGAUUGUGGAAAGUUUACACCUCAGUCGAGGAACAUCUUCAUCUAGAACAAGUACCAACCCCGAUCGCCGUAAGGACAUCCCAUUUUCUUCAUCAAUGAUUUCCAAACUAGGGUUUGAUCCAACAAACCCUGAAAGUCUGCAUAGACAAGCACCAAAGCCAGAAAAGUUGCAGGAAUUAUAUGAUCUCACAUUAAAAACUUCAGCCAAGAAGACACUCGCGACGUCGAUUGAAGACAAGCAGGCGAAAAUGAAACAUUGGAAAGAGAAUCUUGUAAAUUUGAAAAAGUACGAUUCAAAGUUGCAGCAAUCAAGUUUAAAUGCUAGUCAAUCAAUUACAGGUAUGAUUUCAAAGAAAACAGUUGCUUCCCCAGAAAGAAAACAGAAACUUAAUCGAGUUGUUUAUGACAGUGAUGAGGAAAGAGAGAAUAGAAAAGUAGAGGCAGCUAAAAUGGAGGCUAGUCUUGAUGACAAUGCUGGUGGCGAUAGAUGCGAUAGUAACGAUAAUGAUGACUUUGAUGAUGAUGAUGAUGAUUUGGAUAUUGAAUUUGGGGGUGAUGAUAAAAAGGCAAUUUAUGCCUCGCUUAUAGGUGGUAAAUUGAAGUAG